GCCAAUAGUAGAUUUAGUCUCCGAUUGGACUUGACUCUGAACAGUUCAGCUCCUGCAAUACUUAAAAAAAAGGAAGAGCUGGUCCGCCAACGUAACUCUUCGAGAGACAUCUCCAGCUCAACACUCAAGUCCAUUCACCUGGGCUGUAGUAUGUUCUGGUACAACUGAUUCAUCUAGUUGAAACAUUUUUCACUAGUUAUAGUCAACGUCCUACUGCGGAUUAAAACUUGAAAAAAAAAAACAAAAACAAAAACGAAAAGUAUAGACAACUUUGAAUUCCGGUUGUUCAUCUUAUUUAUUUCGAGACGCGAUGCGUGCCCCGGCAAUCGUCUGUCUCCUCUUCUUGUUGACGAGCUCGGCGUUUGGACUGAGGGUGAGCCAGCAGAGCAGCAAGAAUCAACAUGACGAGAAACUGUCCAUCGGAGCAUCUUGUCUGGUUAGCUGGGAGUGUUUCAGCAUGUGUUGCACACCCUUGCCAUCCAACCAAGUGAUGCAAGCCGGACAGGUUGCGUCUUGUACGAUUCGUGACGAUAGCGUCCGCGGCGAAGCUCAAUGCAUCCAAAGUCCCGAUGAAUGGGACGAAUCGGUUGGGCUGAUUGAACGGAUUGGCUUAGCCAGCCGACUCCAGCAGCUAAAGACCAUCUCGAAGAUCAAGAAGAGGAUCAUCGUCAAUAGCAACAGGCUCAGAAAUAAUGGUAGCAUUCUACCUGUAAAGCAAUCGAAUGGUGGUCGACCAUUGCCCGGUGAGCUGGAAUAUCCCGGUCGACGACCUAUUUUCAAUCAACCGAUCAAUGACCCAACGGCAGCUGCACUCCAGACUUGGCAACCGAGCGAUGAUUUACCGUCUUACAGCAAAGUGUCUUACUUGAGCCUGCAGGAGUCACUGCCGAUGAUUAAGAAGAAAUUCCAGGCAUCUUUGAACGCGAGUUUGACCCGAGAUGCUACAACCGUUGCGCCCGAUGUCGAUGCCGAAUUCGCAAACACUGAUAUCGACACUGCUGCCCUGAUGGAAGAACUUCUCAGCCUCUCCAACGAAGACAAUACUCCGGUCGUCAUAUCGCCCUUUGGUCCUUCUGACUCGCUAACUACACCAGAGCCGGAAUCAAACACGGAAGUCUCCGGACAGACUUCCGAUUCGCUGAAUACCGUUUCGCCGUUUGAUGUAUCUUCAUUUCCUUUCGUCAUCUCAUUUUUGGAUGACGGAGUCACCAACUUCGAUGAAGGAGGAUCUGAAACGGUAGGAACGACAACUGAAUUUGAUGCCUCAUCGAUGAGCACUCUCGAAGCUGAGGUUACAACCAGUUCUCAACCGAUUAGCAGUGAGCAGGUCACGACGUUGGACGCAGCUAGCUUCUCGACGGAAGCGACGACCCCUUACAUCCACAAUUCAAGAUGUUUUCUCGUCGCCGGCCGACGAAACUAACCCGGUAGAUGCGUCGCCUUUACCCGCUCUCUCUACUACUAACCCUAUCGAUAACAUCUCUUUACUCACUGUCUCUACAACUGCACCGUUUAAUAAUCAGACCACUAUACGAGACGAGACGACUACUAUUGUAGGACUCGAUGGC